GGCGACUAAUGCUAUUUCAGUUACGUAAAAACAUUUUCUAUCUUUUGAUUUGAAAUGGAUGACAGAUUUCCGCUGAAAAGUGAAAAAUAUUCGUGCUCCGAUUACAAAAAGCUGACUAAACCUGAGAAGUGUUUGCUCACUACUGUCGGUUUUUUUGUUAUUUUAAUAAUUUAUUUGGGUUCAAAUUUGCUUGCUAUAACUGGACAUGUCUGUAUGACGGAAAAAUGUAUUCGAUCGGCAGCACACAUAUUAGAAAACAUUGACAAAACUAUUGAUCCAUGUGAUGAUUUUUAUAAAUUUGCUUGCGGUAGUUUUAUUAAAAAUACCAUAAUUCCUGGUGAUAAAGCAACAGUUUCUUCGGUUUCGAACACACGUGACAAGAUAAUUCUUCAAUUGAUGAAUCUUUUCGAGGAGCCUUAUCACGAUAAUGACCCACAUUCUUUAAACCUAAUUAAAAUAAUUUACAAUUCCUGCAUGAAUACGACGAAAUUUCGGAAAGAAGUUCUAGACUUUGUGAAAAACGAAUUUAAGAAUUUGGGUGGUUGGCCUGUUUUGGAAGACAACUGGAACGAAAGAAAAUUCGACUGGGAAAAUCUUGUAUAUCGUCUUAAAACGACUGGAUUUAGACGUACUUUCUUGUUUAGAGUGGCGGUGGAUACCGAUUCCAAAAAUUCGUCAAAGCAUAUUUUGACAAUUAGUCAACCUUCUAUGGGUUACGUAGUACUGAAUAGAGACUACAACGAUACACUAGUUAAAGCUACGUAUAAUUUUUUGGUUGAAGUAGCUGUUCUUUUUGGUGCUGAUAGAGCAACUGCAGUUACAGAUAUCAAAGAUCUGAUUGAUUUUGAAAUUGAGUUGGCAGAUUUGCUAGUUUCGAAUGAGGAACAUAAUAAUAUAUUUCAGGACUAUAACCCUAGUACAAUUCGCGAGUUACAGAGGAAUUAUUCGAGCAUUCCGUGGUUGAAGUUACUCAACAGUUAUUUGUUUCCCGUAGAUUUCCUGGAUUUAGGUGACACUAUCAAUGUAAUGCAACCUGAAUUUUUCAAAAAACUGGAUACAUUUUUGCCUAAAGUCAAAAAGCGAACAUUGGCAAAUUUUAUAUUUCUAAGAAUUUUGAGGGAUCUCCUUGCUUACUUACCAGAAGAGUUCACAAAACAGUCACUAAAAUAUAUCAAAAUUGUUUUCGGAAAAAACGAUGUGAUGCCAAGAUGGAAGAGUUGUAUGUGGGAAGCUGCGAGAUUACAUUUUGCUGUUUCACAUAUACAUAUCAAAUAUUUGUUUGAUAAAAGUAUAAAACAAAAAGUGACUGAGUUAACAACAGACAUAAAGGAGUCAUUUUUGAACACUUUGAGGCAAGUGAAAUGGAUGGACCCGAAAACCAAAAAACGUGCUAUCCUUAAAGCUAAAAAUAUGAAGUCUUAUGUGGGAUACCCUGACGAAUUUUUAGAAGACAAAAAUGUGGAAGAAUAUUACCGAGAUCUGCAGUUGAAUCCAAACGAGCAUUAUAUAAAAAUUCACUUGAAUUUAUCCAAGUUCUCCCAUAAAAAGAAAAUUCAAAAAUUGCGUAAACUUGUGAAAAAACCUUACUGGGUAGAACAAGCUCGUACUUAUGACGUGGGUGCUUUCUAUGUACCAGCCGAAAAUACCAUUGAACUACCAGCCGCGGUCCUACAAGAUUACUUUUUCGACCCAGACAGGCCUCAGUACUUAAAUUACGGCGCAAUAGGACAAAUAAUUGGUCAUGAAAUCACUCACGGGUUUGAUAAUGAUGGUAAACAAUAUGAUAAGGACGGCAAUGUGAUUGAUUGGUGGGAACCCGAAACUACACGAACCUUCAACACCAAAACCCAAUGUCUUGUGGACCAGUACGAGAAUUACACAAUUCCUGAAAUAGAGAUGAAUUUAGACGGCGUUAGAACCUUAAGUGAAAAUAUUGCAGAUAACGGUGGUAUAAAAAUUGCUUAUAAAGGAUAUCUCAAAUGGGUUGGGCGCAAUAAAAUAGAACCUUCUCUUCCGGGACUUCCGUAUACACCGCGUCAGCUGUUUUGGAUUUCGGCAGCUAAUAUUUGGUGCACUAAAUCCAAGAAAGAAUUUCUUAAGAAAUUUGUGACUUUUGGUUAUCAUUCUCCUAAGUAUUUUCGAGUUGUGGUGCCUUUUAUGAAUUCGGAUUAUUUCGGAAGGGAUUUUAAUUGUCCUUUGGGUUCACCGAUGAACCCGAAAAAUAAAUGCAAAGUGUGGUGAAACACUUUAUUAUUAAGUAUGUUAUAAAAUACUAUAAGAUUUAUUUAGUAAAAUCUGAGGUGGAUUAAAAAAACGUAGACGUGAAACUAAUUACCUCGCCAAAUUAAUUAAAUUAAACGCCGAAGGUUCUAAAUUUGCAGAGUCUU